AUGAUUGCAUGGUUUAUUUGGUUUGUCAACUCGAGCUAUCUGAAUGACAUUGGUUGUUCAGAGGGGCUUGCGGUUUUGUGUCAUUGUUAUCCAGCAUGCCCUGAACCAGAGCUAACUCUUGGAGCUGGCAAGCAUUCAGACAGUGACUUCCUUACAGUGCUGCUACAAGAUCAUUUAGGAGGCCUUCAAGUUCUUCAUAAGGAUUGUUGGGUUGAUAUUCCUACUGUCUCUGGUGCACUAGUAAUAAAUGUUGGUGAACUUUUACAGCUCAUAUCAAAUGAUAAGUUGAAGAGCAUUGCACACAGAGUACUGGCAAGCCGUGUUGGCCCAAGAGUAUUGGUGGCUAGUUUCUUUACCACGGGUAAUUCGUUAUCAUCAAGAGUUUAUGGACCAAUUAAGGAGUUGUUAUCAGAAGAUAACCCCGCGAGGUAUCGGGAAACUAGUGUGAAGGACUAUGCAGAUCAUUAUGAUGCAACAGGGAUAGGAGGGAAAUCUGCUUUGUCAGAUUUUACGAUAUGAAACAUUUGUUAGUCAGUAACUGUUUGAUCCUACAAUCAGUUAUAUUGUACUGAAUUAAGACAUACACGUGUGUCUACUGUUAUUUUGAUUUGAAUUCUACUCAUUAUGGCCUUUUGAAGUGUAAGAGUUUACUAUACAAAGUGAAGUCUCAAGUAGACAAUGAACAUGCAUUGAAGAGUGAAGACCCUAAGGAAGUAGAAAUUCACAUCAGAUGCAAGUAAUAUUUCAUUAAUAGUAUCUGUCGUGCAUGACCUUAGAUAUGAGGUCGUGGAUGACACAAAUUACAGUAAGCUGUUAGAAGCAGGGUGUUGUCUUGGUUAUCCUUCAUUUAAUAGUAGUAGUAUUAUUUCUCUAGUAAUUUUUGUCCCCUGAUUUCUGUUACAUUAUACCAUCGCUAGUACUUGAAUUAUUACAUUAUUUUAAUACUAUUUCUGUCUCUAUUUAGUUGUCCACUUUAUAAGUGGCACAUAUAUUAAGACAUUAAUUAUUAUCAUAGGUUUUAGUUACAAUUUUACCCUUUAACUUAAAAGAUGAUACAACUCCCAAGAAUAAUAAAUGUAUUUUCUAGUUUCAAACAGCAUGCAUUACAACUUAAUAGUAAUAGAAAUUUUCUAGAAUUA